AUGGCGGGCAAGGGACAGAGCGGCGGCCCUCCAGCGUCGUCUCCACCCGGGCCGCCGCCCGGCUUCGGAGAGGGCGUGCCGCCGGACAACGCGCUGCACGCCCUGGGCUUCGAGUUCACCCGCAUCACUGGGGACGAGGUCCUCGGCCGCCUCACCGUCACCGAGAUCUGCUGCCAGCCGUUCAAGAUGCUCAACGGCGGCGUGUCGGCGCUCAUCGCGGAGUCGACGGCGAGCAUCGGCGGGUUCAUGGCGUCGGGGUACAAGAGGGUGGCCGGCGUGCAGCUCUCCAUCAACCACCUCAAGCCCGCCCGCCUCGGCGACCGGAUCGAGGCCAAGGCCAGCCCCAUCCAGGUCGGCCGCAACAUCCAGGUCUGGGAGGUCCAGAUAUGGCUGAUGGAUCCUUCCACUUCGGAGCGCAAAGAUUUGGCGUCAUCUGCAAGAGUCACCAUAUUAACCAACAUGUCAACACCGGAGAGGGUAAAGAACUACGAACAAGGCAUCAAGAAAUACUCAAAGCUGUAGGGAGCGUAAUAUGUUGUUGUCAAACUUGAACUCAAUAUAUAAUUUAUAUUAGUCUGGAUCAGAGAACAUCUCCUUGUCGUCAAUAACAUCUCGUAUUUUAUGGGAGAGUUUUCGGAGGUUU